AUGGUUGAGGAAAGUAUAAAGAACAAGGCAUGGGUGCGUAUCCAAGAGAAGCUCUACAUGUCCUGGAUGAAUGAAGUACUAGAGAAGCGGAACAUGGAAGUGACGAAUUUAUUAUUAGAUGUUGCCGAUGGUAUUAAAUUAAUUAACUUUAUCGAGGCCUUAUCGAAUUUAAAGAUCGAGGGGUACAUCAAGAAGCCCAACAAUCGGAUCCAGCGAGUUGCCAAUGGGAACAAGUUCUGUGAGUUUAUUAAGUUCCAAUUGAACUUCCCGAACCCUGGUUGUUUCCCUGAGAACAUAGUUGAUCUUGGCACUGAGAAAGCUGAUAAUCGGAACUUAUUAGGACUUCUCUAUCUUCUCUUUAGAAGGUAUCGCCUUGAUGUUAUAAAGAACGAGGAAGGCACUGAGAAAGGUAAAGAGAAGAACAAUGCCCUUUUAGAAUGGGUGAAGAAGAUAGCUUCUAAUUAUGGACUUGAAGUCACUGGGUUUAAGUCGUCAUUCAAUGACGGGAAAGUCUUUUUAGCACUUGCCCAUUACAUUUCCAACAAGAGUUUUGACUAUGAAGAAUUUAAAGAGAAGCCGACGGAAGAAGUUUUAGAUAAGGCAUUCACUGUAGCACAAGAGAAUGGAAUCCCAAGAGUCUUAGAAAUCACUGAUGUCACUGAGAACAUCUUAGAAGCACGUGGAUACGAGAUGUACGUAUCUCUCUUCCACAAUGAAUAUACUAAGAGACAACAGAUAGAAGCUUUAAAGGGAACCUUUGCGAAGAGCCAGGAGCAACUUGCGAUGGAAGCGAAGAGUCAGGAGGACUUAGUUAACUUGAACGUGGAACUCUCGAACACGCGAGACGAGUUAAAAAGUACAGUUGAAGGACUUGAGAAGACUGCGGAAGAGAAGAAGAGCGAAUUAAUAGAACUUCAAGUGAAAGGGACGAGCUUGGAUGAGUUAAUUAAAGAGAAGAAGGAAGUCUAUAAUAAAGUCGAGAUGAGUAAAAAUGAGAAGGAAGUUGGAGCGAAGUCAGCGGAGGAGGUCUACGAGACGAAUAUGAAGAAGAUUGAUGAGAAUAAAGACAUCAAAAAAGACGACGACGAUGAAAUUGACUCGCUGAGUAAACAAAUAGAAGAGACGAAGAAGAGAAUUGAAGAGGUCAAAACUCUUUUGGAGAAUAUGAGGAGCAAAGAAGCUGAAUCGAUGGCGUCUAAAUACGUCGAAGCGCAGAAGAAGUGCGACGAGAUGAAUAAGAGGAAGUGCGAAGUCGAAGAGGAGAUCGAAGAAUUAGAAGAGACUUUGAGUAAACGAAAUGAGAAGGUCUCAAUGAUGGAAAAUGAGUUGGAUAUCGACAAGGACAAUUUACUGAGAGGAAAUACUUUACAGGAACUGUACUUGAACGUUGCACCUGUCGAAGAGAACUUGAGAGAACAUAUCGUCAACCUCCACAAGUGGGCUCCUUAUAUGAAAAACACAGAAGGAUUCGGAAAUGAAGACGAAAAGGUCAAAGAAUUGGAUAAACAAAAGGAAGGUAACUAUAAGGAGGUCUUAAAGGCGCUCGCUACUGAUCUAGAAGGAGAAAACGACGAACUCGGAAAGGUACUUGUCGAAGUCAAGAAAAAUCAAUUGAAGAAACAAACUAAGAAGCCUACUAUGAAGAAACCGACAGUCAAGAAAUAA